AGCAGGACGUGUGCGUUUAAACAGCCGCGACCUUUGAUCCGCUGUGACGUCACGGCGAAAGGGACCGGAAGCAGUCUGCUAACCCGCAGAAGAAGAGGAGGAGGAGGAAGAGGAGGAGGACGCAGCAGGUCGCUGGUGCAGAUGCAGGCCGGCGUGCUGCGGUUCCGUCACUGCGGCAGCGUCAUCUACAGCGCCAGCAGGGGGCGCUGCCCGCUGUGCGGCGGCGCCCUGAGCUUCGGCCUGCAGGACGCCCCGCUCGCACUUCCUGUUCCCUUCACUGACGGCCACAGCGCCACCUGCUGCCUCCUGGUCGCCGCCCAGCAGGGGGCAGCAGCCUUCAGUGAGCUGAGUGACUCAGAGCUUCAUGUCGGCGUCUCCAACUCUAAAGGCGUGGUGUUUAGUUAUACGGAGUCCGGGGUUCAGCGUCAGCAGUGCGGCUGGGAGCAGAGCAUCGCCGUGCCUCUGGUCGCCCCCGGCAACCAGAGUGUCAGCUUCAGGAGGCGGUGGGACGUCCUGCUGGAGGAGUUCACCUGUCAGGACACGUGGACGCCACACAGGUUUGAGGAGCAGAGGGAGUUUGGCUCCUGUUGCUAUGGUUUCGCCCUGGGAUUCAUCAACCAGCUGUUGAGGUCACAGGGCAGACAGCCAAUCAGCAGAGAGCGCUUCACCGCUCAGUUCCUCCUGCCCCGCAUCAGGACCGCCUCCAGAUACCUGAGCAUCUGCCAGCACAUCAGCCGGGACGGAUACUACAGUACUGCAGAGUAGUACUGCAGUAACGCUGAGCAGAGUACUGCAGCUGAACAACACACACACACACACACACACACACACACACACACAAUACAGUAAUAAAACAGUAAAGUGAAUGUGAGUCUGUGUUGUUC